AUGGCAGACAGCACGGAGGUGACAGCUCUGUGUGGGAUGCAGUUUUUCCAAAUCUGUAAAUCUACAGCAGUCAGAGUGAAAAGAGCUCACGAUCCUGUCCUUACUGCUCUGUCACAUUUUGUUGGGGAGGUGACCCUCAUGCAGCGGGGAAGCUGGGAUCUGGAAGAAGUGACAGAAGUGAAGGAAGCCACUCUGGCCACUGCCCGCGCCACCGAGUUCCGACGGCCCUUCGGAGCGCAGCGUCCUGGACAAGGAGUGAGAACCGAGGGUGCGCCUGCUUGUCAGCGCGGAGACCCUGCAGCCCGGCCUCCAGAGAAAACCCACCUCGGUGCAGCCCCGAUGGCGGUGGCGGCGGCCCUGGCUGGACUCCAGGCAGAAGCCAACUGUCCCGUGUGUCUGGACGGCCUGAGCGACCCCGUCACCAUCGACUGUGGGCACAACUUCUGCCGCCGCUGCAUCCAGCAGUCCUGGGCUCACCUGGAGGACAGGUUCCCUUGCCCCGUGUGCCGCCACCCGUGCCAGGAGCGGCACGUCAGGAGCAACACCCAGCUGGGCAGGAUGAUCGACAUCGCCAGACAGCUGGGCGGCCGCAGGAGCAAGAGGAGGAGGCGCGAGGAGCCGCGCCUGUGCGAGCGGCACCACCAGGUCCUGGGCCUCUUCUGCGAGGACGACCUGGAGCUGCUGUGUCCCCUGUGCACGCAGCCCCCUGAGCACCAGGGCCACGUGGUGAGGUCCGUGGGCGAGGCCGCCGCUCACCACCGCAAGAGGCUCGGCAGUUACGUGGAGCCCCUGAAGACGCGGGUGGCCGACGCUCAGAGCCUGGUGGCCGCGCAGGACAGGAAGCUGCUGGAGCUGCGGGAGCAGGUGCAGCGCCAGCGGCGGGAGCUGGCCUUGGAGUUCGGGCAGCUGAACCGGGCUGUGGACCGCGAGCAGGAGGCCGUCCUGGAGAGGCUGGUCCAGGAGGAGCGGGACAUCCAGGAGCAGCUGGGCGCCAACGUGGCCGCCUUCUCGGACCACAUUUCCACCCUGAAGGGCCUCCUGCAGGAGGUGGCCGAGCGGAGCGUGCUGCCCGGCGUGAGGCUGCUGAGAGGCAUCGGGGGCGUCCUGCGCAGGUGCGAGGGCCUGCGGUGCCCCGCCGUCUACUCCUUCCAGCUGCGCCGCGAAGGCUGCAGCCUCCCCCCGCAGCACUCGGCUCUGCGCAAAAUCAUCCAGACGUUCCGGGAGGACGUGAGCCUGGACCCCGAGACGGCGCACCCCAGCCUGCUGGUGUCCGAGGACAGGAAGUCCGCGACGUUCCUGGGGAGGAAGCGGAGGGCGCCCCGCGGCGCGCGGAGGUUCAGCGCGGAGCCGGCGGUGCUGGGCGCCCAGGGCUUCGCGCGCGGCCGGCGGUACUGGGAGGUGCGGCUGGGCGGGCCGGCGUGGGCGGUGGGCGUCUGCGCGGACCCCGCGGACCCCGCCCCCGGGACGCGCGCGGGGCGCCCGGCGGGACCCGGCGGCCGCUGGACGGUGCGGCUGCGCGGCGGGGCGUACGAGGCGCAGGGGCCCGGGGGCGCCGUCCCCCUGGAGCUGAAGGACCGGCCCGGCGGGGUGGGCGUGUACCUGGACUACGAGCUGGGCGCCGUGUCCUUCUACAGUGUGGACGACAGGUCUCACCUCCACUCCUUCUCCGCGGCGUUUUCGGAAGUCCUGAAGCCCUACUUCUGCAUCAGGAGCGACUCUCUCACAGUCUGCGCGGUGAGAGACUACGGGGGUGAUCCCAGCCAACAGGGACCUGCAGAUAACUGA